AAUAUCAUCUCAAGUCUGUUAAACUUUGCCUGAAAAACCCACUAAAAUUUUGAGCUAUUGACGUAAGCAGGUCAAUUUGGUUAUUCGAAUUUUGCACCCUGGUCUCGGGCAAAUUGGAUUACACGCUUAUACAGAUAAAUGGCCUUACAUAUGAAUUUCUAAUGAAAGAAAGAAAACGUAAAGAAAGGGCGCAACAAAAUCGAAAGUCAUGGACGAAAGCAACAAAUCCGAAUCCGAUUCCGAGGAAUUUUUUGAUGCACUCUCCGAGCAAUUGGAUAUGACACCCUUUGAAAUGGACUUAAGAACUUCGCUGGAGGAAGCAAAGCUAGCUAUAGAUUAUUUCUUUGACAACAAGUUCGAAGAAGCUCGAACUCUGCUGAAGCCGUUUUCCGGUUCGAGUUUAUACCAUUCAAUGGGUACGGCCACAUUUUCAUUUCUGGAGGCAAUGCUAACAUUUGAGCAUAUUGAUGAGGCAUCGGCAGAGCUGAAAAAGUGUGUCGAACUCUGUCAACGUUUUCGAAAGAAAAACACCUUAACGGAAGCGAUUGGCAAUACUUUUAAGAAGAAAAAUUUCAACAGCCUCACAGACCUGGAAUGCCAUGCUGAGCUCUGCAUGGCCGAAGUGCUCCUGAUGAGUGCUCUACUCACCUUUAUCGAGGACGAGAACCUCAGCGGACUAAUCCGGGGCAGUCUGCGAGUUCGCCAGUGCUAUAAUUGCUUCAGGUUUUGUGCACAAAUAAUGAAGCAUCGAAAGUGGGAUUCGAGCUCAAUGACUGUGAGAAAUCAUUUUAGUAGCGGAGUACACAUGGGUAUCGGCACCUUUAACUUAAUGAUGUCCAUGCUGCCGGUUCGCAUUGUUAAAAUACUGCAAUUUAUAGGAUUCUCGUCAAACCGGAACUAUGGCUUACACGAUCUGCUUGCAGGGUACCAGGAGAACGGAUUGCGGCAAAUACUUUGUGCUUUAUCCCUGCUCGGUUACCAUUUGAUGGUGUUGCCCAUGCUCAGCGAAAGGCAUUCCCUUGAGGACCUGCGCAUAUGCGACGAGAUACUUACCUCCCAAUUGGCCAAGUACCCAAACAGUGUUUGGAUGCUCUUCUUUAAGGGACGAUUUGAGUUGGUCAAUGGAAAUCUGGAGGGAGCUGAGUCCUGGUAUUUGCAUUCUUGGAAAUCGCAGGAAGUUUGGCCCCAAUUUCACUAUUUGAGCUUUUGGGAACUACUCUGGAUCAAUUGUAUACAACAGAAAUGGGACAAAGCCCAAUUUUAUGCCAACCAAUUGCUCGAGCAGAGCAAUUGGUCGCGCGCGAUAUACGCCUAUCAAUUGGCUGCCAUCAAAUUAAUGUCAUGCCCAGGAUCAGCUGACAAUCUGAAGCAAAUUGAUAAAUUGAUGACGGAGGUGCCCACGUACAGGCAAAAAAUUGCCGGCAAGUCGUUGCCAAUGGAGAAGUUUAUGGCGAAACGUGCCGUAAGAUAUAAGAGCCAGAACGAGCGUCUGAUUUUGCCCCUGAUAGAGCUGAUGUAUCUGUGGAAUAUGUUCAAAUUCAUUGGCGGGGAUUACCAGAUUGCCGAUGGCAUUCUACAAAUCAUCGACUCGGAAUUUGCCAUGAUUAACAACCCGGGAGUAAGCCCUGCUACAAAUCUAUACUUCGCCGAUAAUCGCGCAUUAUGUCUUCUGUUACGUGGAUCUUGUUAUGUACAAAUGGGCAAACCCUCGUUGGCUCUUCAGGAUUUUUGUGAGUGCAUUGCACAAAGUGGCAUUGUCGAGGAUCACUUUAUUAUCCCGUACGCUUACGUGGAGGCUGCACUUUGUCACGCAUCGGAAAAUCGGUCUCUGGCUAUAUCCAUGCUACAAGAUACCAAAAAAAAGUUCUCUAAAUUCGCAUUAGAGUCUCGACUACACUUUAGGAUACAUAUGGCUCUCAUGGAUCUCAAUGGCAACUUGGAUACCCACAAAUAGUUAAAAUUUGUGUGCUUUUUCUUUUAAAUUGUCUUGCUUCUUGUUUUAUUUCCUUUCAAUUAUACAUUUUGUAUUAAACGAUCGGGCGAUGGUCAAUAAAAGUAUUCAAAUAUCAUAAUAAA